AUGGCUGACCCUGAAGGCUAUGGUUUUCCUGAUGAUGCUGGCGACGACGAGCGAUCCAUCAUCUCGAGCCGGGGACUGGAAGCUUUUGGGCGCAAGGUCACGACUACGGCAAACCAUCUAAUAGGCCCGAACGCUGAAGAUGUCAGCGGCCACUACAAGACAGCCAUGGCUGAGGUCAAUAAGCAAAUGCGCAGGCCUAACAUCCAGCGCAGCAUGUUUUCCAUGGCAAAAACGACGCCUACAGACAUGGUUCGCUCAAAGCUGUCGACCUCGGAGAUUCAGCAUCGCGCAUUGACCCAUCUAUCCGACGAGCUCUUAUCGAAUAUACCGGAACAUGAAAACUCGUAUUCUCUCUUCCAAGGCUUUCAAGCCAGUUUCCCGGAGCUUACAGAUGAUGGGAAGAAGCACCGCAGACGCGUUUCCAGAGGUCGAAAAUUGAUCGACGACGGCAAGGCUUCGCCAAGCGACCCGAAGCGACUCGGGCAUCUCAAGAGGGAGAGGGCAUCUAUGAUACACGAACUCAAUCUCUUGGGGGUGCGAAAGAGUAUGUCCAGCGCAGAAAUCCGCGAAAUCGAUAACAAGAUUGCGAAUCUACACGGGAUGCGGCGGAUUAUUCUGGAACGGCUGGCUGGGUUUGAGCAGGACGAAGCUGUCCUAGAGCAUGACCUGAUUGACGUUGAGGGCCGUGUGGAAGAGGCUCAACUUCUGGUCGACGAAGCCGAAGAGAUUGCAAAGAACACCGCCACCAAGGAAGAGGAGGACCUGGCUGGCGAUGGCGAGAUACACGAGUUCAUGUCACAGUCCGUGUACGAGAAGAUACCCGAAUCGGCGCAAACAACUCCCUCGAGAAAAUCGAAAAAAGUACACCGCAAGAAAUCAAUGCCCAUUCUGCAUGAACACUUUGAACCUGGGUCCAGCAUUCGGGAGAUCAGGGCGCACAAGGAAACCAUUACUGCAUUGGAUUUUGAUGCGCCAUUCGGGACGUUGGUCACGGCAGCUCUAGAUGAUACCGUGCGCGUUUGGGAUCUCAACGCUGGCCGUUGCAUGGGGCACCUGGAGGGACACACAGCGUCUGUCAGGACACUCCAGGUCGAGGAUAACAUACUAGCAACCGGAUCCAUGGACGCAACCAUCAAGCUCUGGGACCUCAGCAAAACUCGAUAUGAUCCACACGGAGCGCAGUACGGCAAGGGCGAGGAUGAUGAGGAUGCUAUAGCCUGGGAAACGGCUGACGAUCACCUUGAGCCUCCAGAGGGCAGCAUGGAUGAGUGUGAGCUUUACACACUGGAGGCCCACGUGGACGAGAUUACGGCUUUGCAUUUCCGAGGCGAUGUGCUGGUCUCUGGCUCAGCAGACAAGACCAUUCGUCAUUGGGAUCUCGAAAAAGGACGCGCCGUGCAGACUCUGGACGUGAUGUGGGCGGCCGCGCAAGCAUCAGCUACGAUUGGCAGCGGUGACAACGGCUGGAGGCCAACGGGCCGAGCUUCUGGGAGGGAUGCAGACUUUGUCGGUGCGUUGCAAGUUUUCGAAUCUGCCUUGGCGUGCGGUACUGCCGAUGGCAUGGUUCGCUUGUGGGAUCUCCGCAGUGGACAGGUGCACAGGAGUCUUGUCGGCCACACCGGCGCUGUGACUUGCUUGCAAUUCGAUGAUGUGCAUCUCAUCACGGGCAGCGUGGACAGAAGCAUCAGGAUUUGGGACCUCCGCACAGGCUCGAUAUACGAUGCCUACGCUUACGACAACCCCAUCACCGACAUGGAGUUUGACGCCCGCCGCAUCGUCAGUGCGGCAGGCGAAGACGUUGUCAAAGUGUACGAUAAGGUUGAAGGGAGACAGUGGGACUGCGGCGCCGGCGUGACUGCAGCGGAUGAGGUCAAUAUGCAGGACCCUAAGCUAGCGCAUCUUGAACGCUACGUCGAUGCAGCCUCAGCUGUGAGGAAUGAAGCCUCACCAUCAGGCACGAUAACUCUCCUCCGAGAUGAGAUUGCAAAACCUACACAACCGUACGAGCAGCUGCUAUCGAGACAAGCAGAGAUCCUGCAAGAAUGGCAUGAGAAAGGAGCGCGAGGGAUCAACACAAAGCUCCUCCACAAGCGACUCGAUGAUGUAGCCUCAAUCGCCAUGUCCAAGUUUUACUCCUACCGCUUUUUUCAUCUGUUGCAAGUGGACACACGGCAAGAGGGGAGCGAUGUGUGGGACGUCGUCGUCGAGAAGCUGGACAGAGCUCUCAUUACGACCGGCGGCCAGAGCAAUUGCAUACCACGCAGCUGGUUUGACGGGACAAUGGAGAGCCUAUCGAGUUUACUGUCAAAGCCUUCCGAAGAGCCGCAGCUCAAGCGUCGCAAAAUUCAAGCGUCGCAAUUCUCAAAAGAGGAACCCCACGGGCGCCCGGUGCUGAUAGCAGAGCGCACUAUUUCCCGGCACGCAGACUGGACUCUUGAGGAUUUCGAAGACUUCAUAAACUCUACCAAAGAACCACCAAAUCCGAUCAUAUUUAGCGAUCUGAUCGACUCUUGGCCUGCUUUGACAGACCGCCCCUGGGCAAGUGUCGACCAUCUCCUCGAUGCCGCCUUGGGCGGCAGACGACUCGUACCGAUUGAAGUCGGCAGGUCUUAUGUGGAUGAAGGCUGGGGACAAGAGCUCAUUAACUUCAAAACAUUCCUCUCCAAGUAUAUCCUCACGUCAAAGGGACAGGUAGGGUACCUCGCCCAGCAUGAUCUCUUCACACAAAUUCCUUCCUUGAGGAAUGACGUCCAGAUCCCGGACUUUUGCUGGGCAGAUGUUCCGGGACAUCCUACCGAUGCGUCGAAGAACCAGGAGAAACUCGACAUACCGUCAAUGAAUGCAUGGUUCGGACCGGCCAAGACGAUCACGCCUCUGCAUACCGACGGUUAUCACAACUUGCUCUGUCAGGUUGUGGGGACCAAGUAUGUCAGGCUGUAUCCGCCUUCCUCUACAGAAAAGAUGAGGCCGAGAAAAGCAGAGGAGGGCGUCGACAUGAGCAACACGAGUGAGGUGGAUGUUGGGAUACUGGAAGGCUGGGACCCAUACGAUGGCAGCCCAGAUGAGCUGGGGUUGCUGAAAGAGGAACUCUCCGGUGUUGACUAUUGGGAAGGGAUACUGGGCCCGGGGGAUACUCUGCUCAUACCGAUGGGCUGGUGGCACUAUGUAAGGAGUCUGAGCAUCAGCUUCAGCGUGAGUUUCUGGUGGAAUUGA